UCGGUUUGUGCGGUUUUAGCCUUCUGCGGGUGUGUAUUCUAGCACUAGAAUAUAGUAGUGUCUCCUCGCCUAUAUGUAUGAGUAGACCGGUUUUUUCCUCUGUGCAGCAGCAGCAGGCCUGUGUGAUUCCGUUUUUUGCGCAACCUGAGAUUCCUAACGGGAGUGCGUUUUCGGGAUAGCCCUCGCAUAAUCGUCUCUGUAGGCAAGCAGUUCUAUCCAGUUUUAUUGUGCUUCAAGUCGGUUUUGCAUUCGGACCGGUUUCACGGGCGUUCAUUGCUGGGGAGGUGUGUUCCGUGUCAGUGUAUUGGAAAAGGUGUGGGUGUGCGUACAUACAGUUUGCUCCGAAGGGAGCGCAGAUUCGCGGAAACAGGAUUCUUCUCAUCCUGUCUGUUUGUGAUUGCCCCAGCAGCCGAUGGAUUCUUUUCAACCGGAGUGUGCACACAGGGAAGUGUUCCGGUGAGAAAGCAAAGGUGGAUUCGGAAUGAGUCAGAACCCCAAGGUGUGAUGCUAACGAAGAAUCUUGCAAAUUGUUUUCAUAUGAGCAUGUGAAUUACAGAAACAGCUGAAGUGAAUGUGUCGAAGUUAGUUGUAAUUCAACUUUUACAAUCGAAAGCAACGAAAACACGUGCUGACGUAAUAAUUACUCAGUUUGUUUUGAGACCUCGUGAGUGAAACGAAUAUUUAUCACAGUUUGUGAUAUUGUACCACACUAGCCGACGAAGACAGCUGCCUGCAUUUUGGAUUAAUUUCCGACGUACGCUUCUGAUUCCAGCCGCGGAAUUAUUAUUUACGAAGAGUUGUGAAUCGAACGAGUCCAUCCAAAGCUGCCAAACGACAGGAGGUAUAUAUCCGUGCAAAAGCAACAGAGAAGCAGAAACAGAGAAUAAAAGAAAUCAUCACCAUCACCAUCAUCAUGACGGUCAGCUAAGAAACAACGAACGCGGUCCUCGACUCCCGGCAGGUUAUCAACAAUCAGUCAGAGUCCCGGUGACAUGCAGCAUCAAGUGAUAACUUGACAGAUUUCAUUCCGCACCGAGCUGUAGCCUGUAGCCAACCAAAGAAUCAUUAAGUUUCACUGUUUCUUCUACCGCUGCGCUGUGAGCAUAUCUUGGACAUAUUAUCUAAUCAAAGUAGAGCAACCGUGUGCGUACGACAGGCACGGAAUCCCUUCCGUCUUCAACGAGAAGCCACACCGAACAACACGUGUACUGUGUGUGGUGUGUAGUGCGUAGUACAACGAAAGCUUCCAGCAGUGAGUGAGAAAAAAUGAAAUCCUCUACCGUGCCGCAAAUGUUACCGCGUCAGUAACAGCAGUGUAAAGUGAAUUUUAUAGAUUGGCCGGGGGAAGCCAAUCAAAUUUUUUUGUAGUUCGAAGUGUGGGGUUAAGGUGUGAUUUAGUUUUGCACCGUACGUGUGGAAAUUUUAGCACCAAUUAAGUUUGGUCGUUAACACGGGGGGAAAUUCAAUUCCAAUUUUGUGAGCAUAUUUGUGAUACCUACCUGGUUAGUAGGUGUAAACGACAACGUUCAACAACAACCAGCAACAAUGAAUUUACGACAUCAGGAAACGUUUUGUAUCGCACUUUUACUAUGCGCCAUCAGUAUUACCUUAGGUCAGGACUUCCAGUUUGCCAACGAGAAGGAGGAUGAAGUGCAGCCAAUGCUAGCGGAACCACUGGACGUGGUUAGGAAAGCUCCACAACCAAUCAAAUCAAUCUAUUCGAAGGAAAAGGCACAAUGCUCAGCAACCCAGAGCAGAAUCAUCCUGUCGCUGGUACUACGGUCACACAGCUGGGAUGAAGUGAAUGAGAAAAAACGGCAGAAAGCAGUCAACAAACUGUCCAAGUUCUUCCUGAUACCUAAAGAAAACUUUAUAAUUGAUGAUGUCACCCGAUCAGAGAUCCAUCAAAUGACGAAAAAUGCUAUUCGACACGGUCAAAUCCAUGUCAAUAAUGGGAAGCGGAAGCUGGGCAGAAUUGGAUUUUUGAUUGGAUGCGGAAAGACGAUUUUCCCCAGCGAAAAACUCAUCGCCAACACUAUCGCGCAACAGAUGAAGGAAAAGGCUUUGGAUGAUAUUUCUGGGCUGGACUUUGGCUGGUGGUCAAUCUGGGCAAAACAUGCGGAAGAAAGCCACCAACGGCAAAAGCUGCACUUACGCAGAUUAAAGCGUCAGACGAAUGGUGACGAUUACGAGAACGAUGACGAUGAGUAUGAUUACAACUAUGAAGAUGAGGAUGAAGCUGAGCCUACCGAAACCCCUCAGCAUGCCCACCGGCAUCAUCACGGUGACGGUUCGGACACAACACCAUCGACCGUGAGUAACGUUCCGUUAGCGGGCAGCGGUGAAAAGCGAGAACCCAAGGAGGAUACGUACGAAGACAACUACGACGACGAGUACGACGAUGAGCUGGAAGAGGAAACGACUACCAGCGCUGUUCCGACCGGAGGUCGACCGGCUAUCAGCAUCGAUCCUGCGGUGGUUCCUGUCACGACUGAGUCCACAACCCCGGAACCGACAACGACACCCCAACCGACAACCAUUCCGUCCACCAGUUCAACGACAACGAUCACCACAGAAGCCUCAACCGUUACGACGACGACAACGACGACAACUACGGUCGCACCAACGACGACGGCUAGCACUACCACGGUAGCCACCACAACCGAACUGGACGAACCUACCAAUCUGCAUCCAAUCAUCAAGAACCGCAUCCCGAAGAUGGCAAUCAUCGCCGGUAAGGUAUUCAGCCUGCCGGUUCCGCUCGAUACCUUCCAGGACAACGAAGACGGCAAUAACCUCCGGCUGGAUCUGUCCGACGCGCACGGUCACCCGUUGAAAAACAACUCCUGGAUUCAGUUCAAUGUGGAAACGCGCGAAAUCUACGGUCUUCCACUGGAGAAGGAUGUCUCCAAGUGGCACUACAUCCUGCAAGCCACCGAUUCCGGUGACCUAUCGGUGAACGAAACUGUCGACAUCUCCGUCCAGCAACACAAAUCACAUCGCAGCGUAAAUCACGAGAUCAGUCUAGCCUUGCGUCUGCAACGAAAGUUCCCCCGGAACGUUGACUGGCAAAUCGAGGUUAUUCGUGGUAUCGCCAAAGUACUGGGAGACGUUUCGUUGACCAACAUCGUCGUUCGUGAAGUAAGAAACAGCAUUCAAGAUCCGAAUCUGGCAACGUUUGUCUACACAAACGACACACUGCCGAAAGAUCGCUGCCCAGAGGAAAAACUAGACGAGCUGGUCGCCCAGCUAACGGAGAAAGCACUGAACGAUGCUCUCAAUCCGGACAUUUUGGUGAAAUCCGUUCAAGGCCAACAGAUCGGUCAGUGUCUAAAGUCACUGAUACCGAAGGUAAAGCCAACGCCAAUCAUUGCCACCAAAAACUUCGCUCCGGUAACCAGAAACCAGGUGGAUCGAGUGAACGCCACUGUUGGGCAUCUACUUGUCUACAAAGUUCCUGCUGAUACUUUCUACGACCCCGAGGAUGGCAAUGAUCUCAAGCUGAAAUUGUUAACUACAGAACGCAAUCCACUCGAUCAGUACCACUGGCUACAGUUCGAUUCUAAAAAUCACGAGUUUUUCGGUAUUCCCCGCAGUCACGAUGUUGGACAGAAAGAGUAUUUGCUGAUGGCUGAAGAUCGCGAAGGUCUAACGGCAACGGAUGCUCUGGUUGUGGUCGUUCAUCAGGCUCACUAUAAGCGCGAUUACAGCGUUCUGUUCGAGCUAACCCUGGACACAACGCACGAGCAGUUCAGCAUUGCUCAAGCUCAGCGCCGUUUCAUCGAACGACUCGCUCAGGUAUUCGGUGACGCGAACACCAACUACAUCCAGAUACGAAACAUUCGCACCAUCCACCACACCGGCCAGGUUCAAGUGACCUUCUUCAAUACCACCCUGUACCGACAGCAUCAACGCUGUCCGGACGAGGAAAUCGAAGCCUUGCGGAAUAUCCUACUUUACCCGGAUGGAACCAUCCGCGCGAAAGUGCGCGAAAUUCUCGGCCAGGAGUUUAGCCUUCAGAAUGUUAGUCUGAUUCCGGUUGGUACCUGUCAGGGCUACGACACUCCCAUACACGCAACGAAUGAACCGGAGAAAGCCCUUCCACCUCCGAUCGCUAAGGACGACUAUCUGCUAACUUUCGUCCUCCCGGCUGUGAUAAUCCUAGCGAUGCUGCUCAUCGCGUCCAUAAUCGCCUGCGUUCUGUACCGGCGACGGCUCACCGGCAAGAUGGAACUUGGUACCGAUGAGGAACGCAAGUCGUUCCGCUCCAAGGGCAUUCCGGUGAUCUUCCAGGACGAGCUGGACGAGAAGCCGGAGAUCGGCAACAAGUCACCGGUGAUACUGAAGGACGAAAAACCCCCGCUACUGCCGCCGUCCUACAGCAGUACCAAUAACGAUGGCGAGAACGAAGACCUCGACGAGUACGUGCCACCGCCGGCCGUCGUAGUUGGAGGCCGCGAAUCACGUGGCAAAUCGCCGGUGACCCCAUCCUACCGGAGGCCACCACCGUACGUGUCGCCUUAGAAGAGAGCCCAUCGUAGUGCCACCACCGCUGCCACCGCCGUCAACGCUGCUGGCAUUAACCACAGCAACAGCAACGGCAACAGCAGCAGCAGCAUCGUCGUCAACACCGACAACCGCAGCAACCACGUCGGCGGCAACCGCUGCCGAUAGAUUAUUUCGAGCGUUGGCUGUUUGUAACUACGACGGCAGAGCACUACGACCGACUAAUCGAUUAAUGUCUUAAUCCGGAAGCAGCUAGAACGUUACUAAUUAAAACAUUAUUGAACGCGAACGGAAACAGUAAGUGGCCCUCAGGAGCAGAAACAAUUCUCGUACUUUUACCUCUGUGUCGGGGAACGAGAAACGUCUUUCGAAAAGGAUGUGUGGUUUUUUGUAGUCAGCUUACGAGAAAUUUGAUAUUUUUGUAAAAAGUAGAAAGCAGGGAGCAAGCCACCAGUUAAUGUAUCAAGGAGGAAUGGAAUCAAUUUGUAGUCAUCUAAUGCUAAGUUAUGAAAGGAUAAUUCACAGUCAGCCAGCUGCUGACAGACAGCUGACAAACAUGAGUACAUGAGUUAGGAUAAGUUCUACAACUUUUGAUUUUUUGGUUUCAAGCUUAAGAGAUCGCAAUAAUUUCAUUUUAUUGGUAAAUAGUCUUUUACUCUCGCGUUUUCCAUUUCUACCAAAGUAGGAAAUGUGACACGAGAGAAACGCACAAUUUGAACACAAACGUAUGAAAGUGAAUUAAUUUUUUCUUCUAUAGAAGUUUCGAACCGCAAAGAGCUUAACGAUUCUUUUGAUCGAUUGAUCGGCACAAUCGAUACGAUAUUAAAUCUAUAGAUCUUAAUUGUGUAUCCCUUCAGCGUAAAAUAUAUCGUACUUUUCCCAAUUAAAUGUACACGCAUUCAAGGACGCGUACGCUUUUAUGUCCGCUCUCUGAUCUGCGAGAAGAGCUGUAAUUUUAUAAAUUACAGAAUAAAGCAAACACGAAUAAUACAAACUAUAAUCUGACUUUGGAAAAAGUAUUCUUUUGUAGCACACACAAAAAAAACGGAAAAAAGGGAUGUGACAAACGCCAGCAAAAGGCUCGAUUGUGUUUAGGCGUAUCGUAAGCAUUAUGACUUUCCGAAACAAUCAGGGUACAAGGAAAAAAAUCUAGCUCGAAUGUUGAAUUUCGUUUAAAUUAGUCACCUAAAUGCUCAUUCUUUCUCGAACAGCGUCACCCUCAUGGCUUUUUUUACUUUGUUUUAGUUUUCAACAAAAAAAGGGUUUUGAGGUUUUUUUUCGUGUAAAAAUUUCGAGCUGGCAUACUAAUUGUGAAACUUCGGAGUUUAUUCGAGAAAAAUAGUUAUAAACUCAUUUUUAGCACCCACGACUGCCGGUGAUUUAGUAUGAUCUCACCUUCUUUCGUUACGAACAAAAUGUUUCGAGACAAAAAUCCGCUUCAAAUGUCCUGUGCAUGUACUUUAAUAGUUUUGAGAAACUCGCAAACAUGAAUACAAACAAACUGCCAUAUUAUCGAGAUAGUAGAGAACAAAACACACACAAAAUAGAGAGAGAGAGAGAAAGAGAUGUAGUAAACAAGAACGACUUAAUAUAUAUUUUUGCAAUGUUUGCAUUUAUUUCUCAUAAACUCCCGCCAACCUCGCCAAGCCGGGAAGGUAACAAAUUGUACAUCCGUUGAACAAAAAACAAACCGCCGUAGAGCAAUGAACUAGCGAAAGCAAAACUGUGUCCCUAGGACAAGGCCAAACUGACCAGAGUAGUGUAGCGUAUGCAGGGUAGGAUUGGUUUGCUCAAACGAAAAGCAAAAGAAAAAAUGUGAAGUUUAACCGUCAUCCAGAAAUACAACGAUUUUCCUGCUGACAAUUCAAAGAAGAAAAAAAAAAGAACAAGUUAGGAAACAAUUAAAGCAAUUUGCCGACGUCAUUUCGUGGACAAGCGCAAAACGAAGUCGGAAUCCAUUGAAAAAGAUUUGCUCGAGUAUAUUAUACUUUGCCGAAAAAAACUACUUUCCUUGUGUAUAUUUUAUCCAGCUAGACAUAUAUGUAGGAUGGUAAAACUAAUUUUAUUGCAGCUAUUUAAGUGUACUGCGUAUCUAUUCUUCUUUUUUUCUCUCUAGCUGUUAGUAAGUCACCUUUAGAGGCGCAAGGCAUAACAUAAUCUGCAUAAUUAUAAACUAAUCGAAUCGUAUACCCACUGGGGAAUUCUUUUCCCUGGAAUUUUCUGUUUGGUUUGAAAAAAAAAGAAACGGAACGAGCUGUAUAGUAAUUGUUUUUCAUUACCCGUUUAUGCAACUAAUCAGAGAACAAGAAAAAACUUAAGCAAAAAUGAACGUACUUUAACGUAUAUAUCGCGCGAUAAUCGUCGGAACAAGAAAAAAGCUGUUUUAGCUUCUUUACCCCACUUUGUACAACCUUUUCAACCCUGAAACAGAAAUCCCCGAUCAACCUUAGACCCGUACUACUGCGCUACGGAACUUACAAACCCGAAACUCCGUGGACUGAAAAACGCAAAACACUCAUUCACACACUUACUACCGAAGCUGUAAAACGUUUGUCUAAUCAACCGAUAUGUCUAAAAACGUAGUAUGAAAUAAAUAAAACAAAUAAUUAGAAAGAAAAAAAUACACACACACUAAUAGAUAUACUCACGCACUGAUAGAGCAAAUUUACAAAGCAAAACGAAAAUAAAUAGAAAAGUGAAGUAAAAAAGGGCAGCCACACUACUACUAAAGUACUAAGUAGUAGCGGUAAAACUCUGGUAAGAUUUUCCCCUCUAAAACGAUGGGAGCAAAGCGUGUAAAAAGAAAUGAAAAACACAACAAAGAAAAGAAAGGCAAAAAAAAAAACAAACGAGAGCGAACGAAACUGAUGGGUGGUAGUUUGACUCCUCGGCGAGCGAUGUCAAGAGAUGCGGCGCUUUUUGCAUGCGCGCCUGCAACCUAUAUAAGUUUACACACAGAGAAUGAUAACAGAAACACGAUAACCAAAUUGUACAUUUUUUAAUAAAAAAAAA